AUGCAACUCCGCAAUAUUACUAUCGGGCUCCUUUUCGCCGCCUCGACUGUUGUCGCUAGGAACUGUGGAACCGUCAUCUCUGAUGCCCAGGUCAAGAUUCAGGAAGCUCACUUCAAGGCCAACGCAGUUGCUGUCAAGGCCAAUGCUGUUUACCCCCCUAUCGAAGUCUACUUCCACGUCGUUUCUUCCGGCACCUCCCUCUCAGCUGGGAAUGUUCCUGACUCCCAGAUCAAGGCUCAGAUUGAUGUUCUCAACGAAGAUUAUGCUUCCACCGGACGUAGCUUCGUUCUCAAGAACAUCACCAGGACAACCAACUCCAACUGGUUUAACAAUGCUGGCCCUUCAAACUCUUACCAAACCGCCAUGAAGAACGCUCUUCGUCAAGGUACCAAGGCCACCUUGAACGUUUACUCUGUUGGAUUCAAGUCCAGCUCCACUAGCGGAUUGCUCGGCUAUGCUACCUUCCCCUCUAGCUUCUCCAGCUCCAACAAGGAUGAUGGCGUUGUCCUCCUCUACUCUUCCCUCCCUGGAGGAACCACUACCAACUACAAUCUCGGCCAGACGCUCACGCACGAAGUCGGCCACUGGGUCGGUCUCUACCACACUUUCCAAGGCGGAUGCUCUGGAACUGGUGACUCCGUCUCCGACACCCCUGCCGAGGCUUCCGCUGCUUCUGGGUGCCCCAUUGGCCGUGAUACCUGCUCUUCCGCUGGUGUCGACCCCAUCCACAACUACAUGGACUACAGUUACGAUAGCUGCAUGACUGAGUUCACCCCUGGACAAACCACCCGCAUGAACUCUCAACUUGCUACCUACAGGGGUAUCUAA